GCUGCCUUCAGGUGGUGGGCGGUCGGGCCGAAACAUAGGAACCCACCCCGUUUCUCUGCCUUGUGGAGCCCACGAACCACUCCUCUCUGUCUCACCUUCUCCCUCCCCCCGUGCACACUUCCGUUCCUCCAUGGCCUGGCGAGAUCCACCUCGCCCGCCUCGACCGGCAGCGAUGCGCACCCUGCCCCAGACCGGCGGCGACGCGGCCCCGCGCCCUGCUUCUCCCUCCCCGCAUUGUCCUGCGCCCCGCCGCGUCGAUUCCUCGCCGGGUCGAUGCAUCCCGCGACUGGGACCUUCAAUUCCUGUCAGAUCCAGGCCCUUCUCGUCCAACGACGACAAAAAAAACAAGACGGCGGCUGCUCCGGCCGCCCCUCGCAGAUUCCAACUAGCGACGCCCCCUCUGCUCGCGCGCCCCUUGGAGAUCCCCUACAAUUCAACUCCCUGGCCACGCAGUACAGGGAGGAUCCUCUCGUCCACAGCGUGGCCUGUAGGGGUCAUGUGGACGACGGUGAGAAGCACAGCGAGGUGGAUGUGGUGCAGUACCUUACUGUAGAUUUUGCUCCCGCUCUUCAUCCACAGGACAGCAGAGGGGAGGAGAGAGGUAUUGGAGUAUCGACGACUAGCAAGCGAAGCAAGAGGAAAAGCGAAGGGGGCAGCGCCAUCCGUUCGCCGCGACCACCUAGCAGGGUGGCGCUAGAUCUGGGAAACAUUGUCACGAGUGGUCGAGGAACUGGACCGCAUCACCGGGCCUCACUAAAUUCUAAAACGAUGUCAAGGCAUCAUUUUUGAGGUUUUAUGCACACGCCCAAGCAAGAAGCUUCAACAUCCACUUUCAGGUAAGCUUCGCACAAAGCUAUCCAACUUCUUUGUUUCGGCAAAAAAAGAGGAGUUGCCUCAAACUUAUACGCAUUUUGCCUACAUUCCGAUAGGACUUGCAUUUUAUUUUUCCUCUCUGCAAAAAAGAAGCUUUGCUAGCCACUUCCAGAUAAAUUUCAUAUAGCCCCAAUAGCUUUCCAACUAGUUUUUUCUGUCUCCUCAGUAGUUGGCUGUUAUUUUUUUUUGUUCCAGCAAAUAAAGGGAGUUGCCUGAAACUUAUAUGCUAAUUUCCUACAUCACAUCAAGACUUGCUUUUUGGCCCCGACCCCCCCCCUUUCGCAAGCAAAUUUUUUUCACCAGCAACUUCCAAGUGAACUUUGCACAAUCCCCAGAGCUUUUCAACAUUUUUUAUGCAUCCCCAGUAGGUGGUUGUUAGCUUUUUCGUUCAGCAAAAAAGGGAGUUGCCAAAAACUUAUAUGGAAGACGUGCUUUUGAUUUCCCUUUUUUGGCAACAAACUAAUAAGUUGACUGCAUAAAUAUGUUUAAGUCUUAAAAUUUGCCUACACCACAAGCAUAACUUGCCCGAGCAAAAAACAGCCCAAAACACUAUCCUACCGUUGAUUUUUCUUUUUCAAAAACAGAAGUUGCCUGCAAGUGUAAGUGCAUCUAGUGCCCCUUAGUGAUUUUGGUGUAUUGAAGACUUAUAGGUUAAGCGACUAAUGCGUUUUUGAGUGU